GAUGUCGGCUUUGUUCUCGGAUUUUACGCCAUUUCGCCAACUUCGUUCAUGCUUAUCGACUAUUCCGAACUGAAUGCUAAUGUGAAGCAAACGGGCAUAAUUCUCGAUCAAAACUCAUUCACCGGCGGACAUUUUAUUGAGCGAACGUACUGCGUGGCGACGAGUGUAGCCUUCUUCUUUGUACAUUGUGUAGUCGGACAAGAAGAAUGCGUCAUUUUUGCUCCACCCAACUCCCGGCCAGAGGCAGCGUUUUGCUGUCACCUAAUUCCAAAAUUGCCUUGGUCCAAGAAUUCUGAUAGGAGCUGCUCUGCAUUGAUUCAAGGGGUAAACGCUCAAGUAUUGUCACAACACGGUGCUGCGCUAUCUCGUUGGGAGUCGCCCCAGUUUAUCAGCAUCAAUGAACUGGCGUUCUUCCUUGAUCGAGGACAGGGCAUAUGUCCCGACCCCUUCACCAUUGCAGUCGUUGACAUCAACACUGGAAAUUGGCGGGUGAUCACAUGUAGUGCGGAUAAGAAUACUGGCUUUCCACGCGAUUCACAUGACCAAUUGCCAAUCGACAGUACUGCCCUGCAUAGUCUCAGCGGACAGAUAUCCUUGUUAACUACGUAUGGGCGCCCAGCAGAUAGUUAUUAUGCCCAUUUUGCUCGACUUCUUCAAAGAUGGAGUCGUCAUGUUUGGAGAGCAUUUUAUUACACAGCAGAUCAUUUCUCAUGGAUUGCACCUAUGUUUCUACACCUCGCCCUUGCAAUGACUACCAUGAGAGGGCGCUUAAUGUAUAACCCAGCGGCUAAAAUAGGUGUGCUAGACACCACAAACUGGCAGUGGAUCGAAGUACACUGCGUGAACGACUACUACUUCACCGACAUAGUGAUGUUCGACAACGGAGAAACCCUUAUACAUCAAACGGAUAAAAACUGGAAAUUCGAACAUUACGAUGUGCUAAGAAAUCCAUUUAAUGUUUCUACCCUGGUAGCAACUGCUGAGCUGAAAUCAAGGCCCAAAUCCUACAACGAAGAGCGCGAACAACUUGUGAAGAGAAUGCGAUGGCCUUUCUACUAA